AUAGAUGAUUCAAAUAACAUAGAGAAUUUUGAAAUAAUAAUUUGUUUUUCUUUUUUCUGGCGUCGAGCUAAACUUUCUUUGAAAAAAUCAGACGCAGAAAAGAGCCUAGUUGGGUGGUGGUCAAUUAGAGAGAGAGUGACGAAAAAUGAUUCCAAACCCCACCACCAAUCUUGCAAUUACAAUGCCAAUUAUAAGUUCAGUCUUCCUCUUCUUGGAAUGCCCAGCAAGUCAUGUAAGACAAGCACCAGUAGUAAAUUCAGUUGCUUCCUCAACGUGGGUCUUGAGGAUAUUGCUGGAAUCGCUCAAAACAAGGUAUUGAUUGCAGCUGGUGUGUCAGCAGCCAUUGGUCAGCUCUCCAAGCCAUUCACUUCUGUACUUCUAUAUGGCAAAGACUUUGAUUUCAAAGCUGCGUUUCGGGCCGGUGGAUUCCCUUCCACCCAUUCUUCGGCUGUUGUUUCUACUGCUACAUGUCUUGCUCUCGAAAGGGGCUUCUCUGAUUCAAUUUUUGGCCUAUCAGUGGUUUAUGCUGGACUUGUCAUGUAUGACUCUCAGGGGGUGAGAAGAGAAGUUGGAAAUCAUGCCAAAGUACUAAACAAGCAGCUAUCCAAUACCCAAGUCAAGUCGAUGGCCUCCACGGGUAGAGAUGAUAUGAUUGAUUCUCAACAGGGAAUUUCAUCCACAUUAGGGGAAAACCUCAGUCCUCUAUUAUCGAAGGAGGGAAGAAGACCUUUUGUGCAAAAAUCGACAAAUGCACCUUUGUUAGUUAAUUCAGAAAAUAAAAAUAGACAAGCUAGUCAGGUGCUGGUAUCUUCAAGCAUAGCAUCUGAUGAAGAAGAAACCGAAAAACCUUUGAAUAGUUCAUCUCUGUUGAAAGAAUCGAUUGGCCACACAGAGGUUGAAGUCAUAGCAGGUGCAUUGCUAGGUUUCUGUGUAAGUUUGGCAGUGCAUACAAUUGUGUGAUUUUUUGUUUCAAUUACUCCUGCGGCAGCAGAUGGGUUUGAGUGGUUCUUCUUUAGAUUGAACCCUACAUCAGCACCCAAAUCUUACUGCUCCUUAACACUGUAUUCAUGCCCAGGUGGGCAGUUCCAUUUUUCUAACUGUUUUAGGUUAAAAUUUGAUGGACUCCAAACAUUAUGGAUGUUGUAUUAUAAAAUUAUCUUUACAAUCUACUUAAGUAUGUGAUUAAUUGUAAACUUCGUAUGGUA